AUGGUAUUAUCAAAAGAAGAAUUAAAAGAAAUCGAAUUAACAUUAGUCAAAUUAGUCCAAGAAGAAAUUGGCCCCAUUAUCAAAGAGCAUACUGGGACAAAAUUUGACACUUACGAAGAUAAAGCCAAUCAGGUGGAUCUGGUCACUGUGGUAGAUAAGAAAGUUGAAUCGAUCAUCAAAGAAGCUCUAAACAAGAAAUACCCUACUUUUAAAUUCAUUGGGGAGGAAAGUUAUGUCCCUGGCCAGACUAAGAUUUCUAAGGACCCUACUUUUAUCGUUGAUCCAAUUGAUGGUACUACUAAUUUCAUCCAUGGAUAUCCUUAUAGUUGUACCUCUUUGGGGUUAGCUGAGGACGGAAAACCUGUUGUUGGUGUAGUUUUCAAUCCUCAUUUGAAUCAAUUAUUCCAUGCUUCUAAGGGUAAUGGUGCUUAUUUGAAUUCAUUCAAGAUUAAUGUCCCAAAGAGACCUUUAACUUUACAAAAAUCUGUUGUAGGAUUAGAAGGUGGUGCUGAAAGAUCUGAAGGUUCAGGGAAUUUCGAUAAGAAGAUGGCUACCUAUAAAAAUUUGUUGAGUGACAAAGGUGGAUAUAUUCACGGGUUUAGAAGUGUAGGAAGUGCAGCAAUGAAUAUGUGUUACGUUGCUAAUGGGAUGUUGGAUUCGUAUUGGGAAGGUGGUUGCUGGGCAUGGGAUGUUUGUGCAGGUUGGUGUAUCUUAGAGGAAACAGGAGGUAAGAUGGUUGGUGGUAAUCCAAAUGAAUGGGAAAUUCCCAUCGACAGGAGAUGUUAUUUUGCAGUUAGAGGGGGAUGUACCAAAGAAGAACAAAAAGAUUAUGUAGAAUCCUUUUGGCCUCAUGUUGCUGGUCCAUUAGAGUAUUAG